CUCCUACAUUAAUUGAUUUAUCAAGUGAAUGAGUAAAUGAGUAAUAUAUUAAUAUAUCAUCAUUUUACAAGUUAUAUUACCUAUCAAGUUUUCGUUUACCAUAAUAGUGACAGUAAAACAUCAAAUCAACUUUGCUGCAUUAUAAAAAUCUUUAAACGGGUCCACUAAACAUUAUGUUAUGCUUAGCCUUUUACAUAAUAAAAAACACAAUAUUACCUAUAUUAAAGAAUUUGAGAAAAAUAUAUUGUAGUUAAUUUCAAUUAAUCAUGGGUAGGAACAUAAAUGGAACAUGUCUUUAUGACUUGAAAAAUGAUAUUACAAACUUUAUCGUGUCGAAUCAACUAAUUUGAAGGGCCCAUCCAAUAUGAUAUGACUUUGCAUGGGUAACUAUUUGUCGUAAAUAUAUAGACACUUAAUUAUAAACUUAUAUAAGACUAAUAGGAGUGAUCUUUUUAAUAGAAAAAAAUACUCUUUAGACCAGGAAAACCUUUUGUUCUAAAUGGGUCAUUUUUACUCAUAUACAAAUGACUCAAUAAACAACUAUUCUUUGUUUAAAAAUGACUUAUUUUGACUUAAAAGAGUGACCCAUUUUGUAAAAAGUGAAUGAUAUCAAAAUUAAUUUAUUAAAAUCCGGUAAUCAAUACUAAUUGAAAGUUAUGAAGCAUCAAACGUUCAUCGCCUGUCUAAAUAUAUAUGCUGAUAUAAUUCAACUAAUUUCAUUAAAAAAAAUACCAAACAAAUUAUACGCAAUGAUCCUGGGCUUCGGCUUGGGCAACAACUAGUUAAAGAGUAAACAUGGGAGAACAUGGUUUGUUGUUGGAGUUAAACAUCUAAACUCUAAAGUCUAAACCCAAAAAGAGAGAAAAAGAGGGGAUGCAGCAGAGAAGAUCUGCCGCCGGAAGGCCGUCGGGAACUGAUGGCUCCGACUUUUCCUUUCGCAUGGUCGUUGAUUCCAGGUACACAAAAGUGGCUAAAGGGAAGUCUCGUCUCUCUAUUUUCCUCCUAAUUCAGGGACUUGUUUUAUUAGCUGGUGUCUUUCUAAUAUUGUUACCGAUGGUAAAAGGAGAAGAUCCCAAUGUGCUUGGCCUUUCAUCAGUUAUUCUCAGUUUUCUGUCUCUUGUCAUUGGUGAAUUAGGCCGUAGACAAAGCCGAUCAACGUUAUUGAAGAUUUACUUGAUCAUGUCAUUUGUUGCAAUGUUUCUCUCAGUAGCUUGUGCAAUGAAGAGCAAUCUCCUAUUGGAGGUUAUUCAAUGUCGGGUUGUUAAUUGCUGGGAAAAACAAAGGGGUCUGCUCGUUGAAGCUUUUCAUGUUUUCCUUGAAAUGUUCGUGAAGAUUUUCGCUGCAACUACAACAUUAUCUCUAAUUCAUAACAUGUCUCCUCCCAAAAGAUCAUCUUGAGCCUCCAUGUUUUACUAAUGGAUUUUUCUCUAUAGAAUCUUUCUGAUUCUCAGAAUUUUUAGUUCCCUUCAACUAGGUUUAAGGAUCUCACCUAGAGCUCCAAAACCUUGUCAUUUUGUAUACUACAUUGCUCAGAAGUGAAAUGAUAUGUUUGUACCAUUAAUGUUUUGAUUUGUUAUUUGUGAAAGUGACAGUAAUCAUAAUAUCACUAAAGGCAAAGUUUAAAAAGAAACACAUUAUUCACAAUUCUCCCUCAUAGAUUUAUAAUGUACUUCUACUGUCCUAUACAGCAAGCUUAUUAAGUACAAAAGCAACUGAUACUAUAUCAUCUGGUCUUGAUAUGAGUGGCGGAUCUUGGGACAUUAGCUACCGGGGGCCAAAAAUUUUCUACAAUAACAUAUAUGAACAUAUAAAAAUAUAAAAUAUACGAAUUUUAUUUCCAAAGUCAAUGUAAACAAUUAAAUUUAGAUUACACCAAAUAUCAUAGUAAAUAUAUAGUAUGUUGGUUAAUUAGGUUGGUUAAUGAUAAUAUAUACAUUCUUUUUAUUUAGAUUGGUUAAUGAUAAUUCAUCCACUUCAAUCAAUGAGUGUAGCCCAACUCAACGAAUACAAAGAAGUAUGUUACAAACUAAAUUAUAAACUGAUUUAAGAAAAAAUACAUACCUAAUAGGUUAGUUGUAAGUGAUUUCAUAAUAUUUACGCUUUCCUUGAAUAAUAUACUAAUCACUUACAAUUGUCAAUUUUUCGUGGAUUUUUUGUAAAAAACUACCUUAUAAGUUCAGUUUUUUGCGAAAAACUACCUAAUAAAAAAAAUGUUGUGAAAAACUACCUAAUAAAAUUUUUUGUUGUAAAAGACUACCUUACACCGAAAUUGGGGAGUUGACUCAAAUUUCCGGUGUUGACCAAGUCACAUGAGUUGCACAUGUAUUUUAAAAAACCCUAAUUUAAUAUUUUUCCCAAAUUUAAUUUUCCCAAUUUUAAUCCCUUUCUCACCUACUUCUUUGCUGCUCUUCCAUUACUUCGUCAUUACUCGCUUGAAGGAAAUCUUUGAAUCAUUGAAUGGGGAUUAUUAAUUAAGAUUGUAAGUUUGUCUUUUUCUCUUUUACCAACAAAUUUGUUUGUGUUUUCUUCUUCUUUUCGUUUUUUGUGAUUUUUUUUGUCUUUUUCAAUGGGUAAAGGUGGCUUUAGAGUUGGAAAGGAACCAAGCGUUAGCAAGUUCCAAAUAGUCACAAGGCCCUGGUUUAAUGGUGGAACAACCAUAGAUUAUCCAUGGUAUAGAUUAAUGUCUCCUAUUAACAUAAAUCUGUAUUAUGGUGGAAAAUUUGUGACAAACUCAAAGAAAAAAACAACUUCUUAUGUACCAGGGUCUGGAAGUUACUAUGGCAUUAGUUUGCACCCUAAUGUUGAAGAAGUUUGUUACUUUGAGUUUGCAGAUUGGAUUAAAAAUGGAUUAAAAUUCAAGAAUGUUGGAAAAAUUUGGUUUAAAAAGAAAGGAUGCACACUAUUUAAUGGUAGGAAGGAAAUAAAGGGUGAUGCUGAUAUCCCUGAAUUUCUAGAAGCUCCUGAAAAAAGUGGACGAUACCAUUUAUAUGUGACUCACUAUGAAGAUGGGGAAAGUGUGGAUGGUGAUGGUCAGGUUGGGGGAUCAGAAAGUGGGUUAAUGGAGCACAUUUUUGAGGGUCAGUUAGCAAAAGGUCCACUUAAUAAAGUAGAUUCCAGCCAUAUACCCUCUCAUAACCCUAGUUCUAAAAAUACCAACCACAUAAACUCACAUAAACCUCCACCUUCAUAUGUUCCUAGCUCAAAACUGUCAAAAAAACAACCUUAUAGUAGGUCAAAUAUAACCCCUAGAUCUGCUAAAUGGAAGAAGUUUGCUAAUGAGUAUCCAUUUGUAGAAGGUGAGGGUGGAUCAACAAAGGGUGGGUCAACAAAUGGUGAUAUUGGGUCAGUUGAUGGUUUUGAUAAGGAUGAUAGUGAUUUAGUAUUAAGUGAUGGGGAUUAUGAGGAUGAGAGUGAUGAUGAUAUAUUUGCUGAGAAUGUGGAUGAGGACAUAUAUGAAAGUGUAACUAGGAACUUGGGUGGAAAUAGUGGUCAACAAAAGACAAUUGAUCAUGUUGAAGAAGAAGAAAUAAACAUUGAGUUGGCCAGUGAUGAGGAGUUGAAUGAAUCUGAUGAUGAAGUAUGCAGCUUGCCUGAUUCUGAUGAUGAGCAAGGGGUACAUUAUCUAGUUUUUAACCCUACAGUAGACUUCAAAGGUAAGAUCAAGUUGUAUUUAGGUUUGAAAUUUCCAUCUAGUGCAAUAUUCAAGAAGGCAUUGAGGUACCAUGCCAUUGACAACCAAUACAACUACUACUUUUUGCACAAUGGUAGCAAGAGAGUGAGUGUUUAUUGUGUGAAUAGGUGUGGUUGUGAGUGGAAGAAAAAUAAAAGGGUUAAAUGCACUUGUAAAGAAAAGAAAAAAUGUAGGUUCAAGGUUCAUUGCACAAAGGUUAAAGGCGAGGCUACGUUCCAAAUCAAAAGUCUGAGGUUAGAACACAAUUGUGGCAGGCAACACCAAAACAACAAAGUUACUUCAGAAUAUUUGGCUGAGAGAUUUUUGGAUGAAUGGAGAGAUACACCAUCUUGGAAGCUAGUUGACUUUAUGCAAAGAGCAAGGAGGGUAACUGGUGUUGAAAUUGGAUAUUAUAAGUGCUAUUAUGCUAGGCAAAUUGCAAUGAAGAUGAUUCAUGGAGAUGCAAGUGAACAAUAUGAGAGGGUAUGGGACUAUGCUGAGGCAAUAAGAAAGUAUAACCCUGGUUCUACAGCUGUGGUGAAGAUAGUAGACACUGAAACCCCAUUUCCUUGUUUCCAAAGAAUGUACAUAUGCAUGCAACCUUGUAAGGAAGGCUUCUUGGCAGGUUGUAGACCCAUAAUUGGGGUUGAUGGUUGCCAUUUGAGAGGGCCACAUCCUGGAAUAUGCCUCACUGCAGUGGCUAAGGAUGGAAAUAACAACAUUUUUCCAGUUGCUUGGGCCAUCGUUGAAGUAGAAAAUGGUGAAACUUGGGCAUGGUUCUUGGAUCUUCUCGUGAAGGAUAUUCAAAGUGUAGCAGAUUCCGUGACUUGGGUUAGGGAAGGCAAUCCCUCAGAUAUCACUUACAUGUCUGACAGACAAAAGGGUUUAUUGGAUGCCUUUAGUGCAGUUGUCCCAAAUGCAGAGGUGAGAUUUUGUUGUAGGCACAUAUGGGCCAACUUCAAAAGAUCCUUCCCUGGAGAGUUAUAUAGACAAUCUUUCUGGAAAGCAGCAAGAGCAUCAACUAAGUGGCAUUUUGAUUCUCAAAUGGAGUCUAUCAAGAUGUUGUCACCUGAAGCAUACAAAUAUCUUACUAAUAUUCCAGCUUGUCAUUGGAGUAGGCAUGCUUUUGCAACUAAGUCCAAGUCUGGUAUGUUGCUUAAUAAUGCAUGUGAGAGUUUUAAUGGUGUACUGAGGGAGGCUAGAACAAAACCUAUCUUAUCCAUGAUGGAAUGGAUAAGAAGGUAUGUUAUGAAGAGGUGUAAUGCAAAGAGAAAUGGUUUAAAGAAAUUUGAGGGUAUAAUUAUGCCUUCCGUUGUGAAAAUGAUAGAUAAGGCCAGUGAGCAAGUGAGAAAUUGUGAUGUUGCUCAAGCUGAUGUACUUGAAUUUGAGGUGGAUCAUUUGUCAACUGGAGAGACAUAUGUGGUGAAUUUAAUUAAGAAGACGUGUGGUUGUUACAAGUGGGAUUUGCAAGGCAUCCCUUGCUACCAUGCUUUAGCAUGCAUAGUGAGGCAGAGGCUUAAUAUAGAAGAUUUUGUGCAUGAGGCAUAUCAUGUGUCAACUUACUCUAAGACUUAUGGUCCUUCUUUUCACCCUAUGCCAGGACAGGAUCAAUGGCCUAAAACCUACCUCCCAAAACCUUUACCCCCACCUUAUAGAAAGAUGCCAGGUAGGCCUAAGCUAAAAAAAAGAAUCAAAGAACCAGGUGAGGGAGAGGAGAGCCAAUUGGUGAUCAGGAUCAAGAAGCAAAAUAAAUGUACCAAUUGUGGUGGAUUAGGCCACAACAAGAGGACAUGCAAAAAUCCAACAAAGCCACCAUCAACUGAUCCAACUAUAAAGGGCGGGAGGCCAAAGAAACAAAGACAUACAUAGGUGAAGCAGUCUUCUGACAAGCAGUACUUCAACUGCCUCUAUUGUAUAACAACCAGUAGUAGUACAAACACCCAAUCAAGUACAACUAACAACCUACAGCAACAUCUCAAGCCAAGCAAGCACUUCUAUUAAUCCUUCAUGCAUUUUCCAAAUAAGUAUUACUGGCAGUUAGUAACUUAGUUUUUUCCUAGCUUUCUAUUAACUCUUACGUUAUUACAAGUACGAAUAUCCUCAUGUAUGGUUCAAAAGGAAGUUUUUUUUGUUGAUGUAAUCUCUGAAACAAUUAGUUUUUGAUGAUGUUGAAUUUCCUUAGUAUUGCAUUGAAGUA